AUGACUAUGCUCGCUGUGCAAUUCGCCGCUGGCCUUUUUGCGGCGUGCGGGACAGCCUUGGUAUGGAAGUUGGUCGUUCGCUGGGUGAAGCAGGCGCCCCUCCGGAAUAUUCCUGGUCCUCCCAGCAAGUCUCUCUGGUCAGGAAAUAUGGGUGAAGUUUUUGAUCUUCGCGGUUGGAAAUUCCAUGCCGACAUCGCGGCCAAAUAUGGGAGAAUCGUAAAGCUCAAUGGUAUCCUUGGAGACGCCUUCCUCUACGUCAGUGAUACCCGGGCGCUCUAUCAGAUACUCAUCAAAGAUCAAUAUACAUUCGAAGAACCAUCGGAAGUAAUAGAGAUGAAUAAGCUCGUCUUUGGUCCGGGUUUGGUGUCGGCUCUGGGGGAAGAUCAUAAGCGACAGAGGAAACUCCUGACCCCCGUGUUUUCUAGCAGCCACAUGCGCUACAUGACUCCCAUAUUUGAUCGGAUAGCCCACCAAGUUGAGAACGAAAAGGGAAGGGCCGAAAUCGACAUGAUGGAUUGGAUGACUCGUGCCGCUCUUGAGAUCAUUGGCCAAGGAGGGCUUGGGUACUCAUUUGACAGUAUGGACGUCAACGCCAAAAAUGUGUAUGCCAACGCAACGAAGAACCUCCUACCGACGGUUACGUCCCCUAAGAUGAUGAUUGCAGGACAGUUCCUGCCGUGGGCAGUCAAGGUUGGAAAUGCCGCCUUCCGAAAAUUUGCAGCGAAAUAUAUUCCAUGGAAAGAAUGGCAAAAUCUCGUCGGGAUUGUGGACGUCAUGGAUCGCACUUCUCGACAUGUGUUCGAUAGUAAGAAAAGGGCUCUGGAGAUGGGUGAUGAGGCCGUCUUGAAGCAAGUUGGAGAAGGGAAGGAUCUCACGAGUAUUCUUCUGAAAGCAAACAUGGAUGUCGCGGAGGAGGAUCGUCUUCCCGAGUCCGAACUGGUAGCUCAAAUGAACACUUUGAUAUUUGCAGCUAUGGAUACCACAUCCUCCGCCCUCUCUCGGAUUCUUCAACUGCUCACCGAGAACCCAUCAGUUCAAGACAAGCUGCGCGCGGAAUUGACCGAGGCUACAGCCAAUGGUGAUCUGAACUACGAUAGCCUCAACGCGCUCCCGUACCUCGAAGCCGUAGUACGGGAAACCCUCAGGCUACAUCCUCCAGCUGUCUCUGUCAACCGAACCUGUCGUAAGGACACAAUGCUGCAGCUCGGGACACCAAUCAUAGGGGUCGACGGGAAAAAAAUGUCGGAAAUAUUUGUCCCCAACAACACGAGCAUUAUCAUCAGCAUUCUCUCUGUCAAUAGAGACCCAGGCAUCUGGGGCCCCGAUGUGAUGGAGUGGAAGCCCGAGAGAUGGCUUGCGCCACUGCCUUCCAGUGUAACGGAUGCUCACAUUCCCGGAGUCUAUGCCAAUACGUUAACGUUCCUGGGUGGAGGCCGUGCAUGCAUCGGAUUCAAGUUUUCUCAGUUGGAAAUGAAGGUGAUACUUGCGGCUCUGCUGCCCGCUUUUCAGUUUGCACCAUCCAAGAAGCACAUUUCCUGGACCAUGGGAGGGGUCUCUGGGCCCGUAGUAGAGGGAUCGUCACAGCCAACCAUGCCCCUCGUGCUGACGUUGGUGAAAGGCAAAAACGGUGUGUGA